CCCCGCUGACGGACAACAUCUGGUGCAUUUACUGCCCAUGCUUCUGUGAUUUAAAUCGCGGAAACUGAAUUUACUGCUCUAAAAGCCGCAAAAAUGGAAGUAAUAUGCCACGACUUGGCUUCCGGGAGGGAUUCGAGCUUGUCACAAGUCUUGGCUGCGUGGAACACUCGGUAUGAAGAGCAGUAUGCAGUUUUGCGCUCUCUUUUCCCUUUUAUUGGGGACGCGAAUGUUUCCGAAAAUGCUCAACCGAAAACAAACCUGCAUGACCUCACACUUUCAGAAUUACGUGAACAGUUUGACGAGGUUCUUCAACUGCGUGCAACUCUCAUGGUUGAAGUGGAUGCAUUGCAACAGAUCCGAGCCGAGCUGGAGGAUAGUCAGUGUGUAUCAGAAGUGCACAUCCAGCUGGAACGUGCAACCGAGGAAAACAAACGGCUACAAGCAGCGAUACGCGCGGCGCAUGAGCAGAUAUCGGAUUUGUUCUUCAACAAGCGUGUCAUGGAAGCCGAAAUGGUGGCGCUUCGCGGCGAUCGAGACCGACAGUUAGCGGAAGCUAACGAGCGCGUUCGAAUGGCGGAAAAGGCCGUGGUUGCAAUGACCUCACGCAUUCGUGGUCCGAAGCCCGAGGAGACUGCUGCAGGAGACAAGUCAUCAUCAGCUUCAGCCGGGUCAGCUAAGCCUUUCGUACCCUUCAAACCAGUCGUUCAACGGCUUAGUAAUGCGGAGCGAACCAAAAGUUACGCGACUUUGACUGGAAUGUCCUUUGAUGAGUUUGAUUCUUUGGACGAGGACGAUGGUGAAAACGACGACGCUGGCCAACCACUCGAUGACACGCCUCCCGGACCCAGUUGUCCCUCGGUCCAGCAUUCCGAGACGAUACCUGUUUCAGUGGACAGCCCAUCCAAGAAAAGCCCCGAUGAUGCUUUUUCAGAUGAUACACAUGCUACUCCGGAGGUUGAUACAAAAACCUUUGUAUUAGAUGAGCAGCCAGCAGAUGUUCCUCCUUCGCCGACUUUGUCGAGUACACCAAGAAAAUCCUUGGAUGUUUCCGAAGCUGGCUCUAACCGAUACAUCGAGACUCCUUUGCUCACGGAACCCACGUCCGACUGGGCCACUACCAUAGUUAAGUGCCGUGACGAAGCCUCAGCAUUAGCAGAAACAGUGCCGAAGGCGGACUAUUUGAAGUUACUGGAUGAUUUGGAAGAAGUUCGUCUCGAACUGGACUCAGUGCGACGGGAAUUCGCGGCGAAGUUCGAGGCAGCAGCACUCCAACAGCGUAGUGUGGUGGACGGAUACUCGACCACGCGACGUACAGACCAAGGAUUAACGGAACAGCUGCAUGAUCUGGCCGAAAAGGUUGGUGCAGUCACUCCAGGUCAACCGCAGGAUGGAUCUGGGGGUCUUUUACCCACCACUGCUCCGGGUGCUACGCGAAUGUUUGACUGGUCUGUCUCACCGGAGCAAACGGCAUCUUCGUUUGAGAUACAGGCGGAUUCGGUCAAGCCCGAGGAGAAUAUGAAGGAAGAAACCGAUCGAGAAGACCGAACGCCUGUGCGGACCAGUGUAGCGACAGUGUGUACCAGCUGUUUGGAACUGCAAGCAGAACUGGUCACUACAGAAGUCCUGGCCUCUACGCAGCUGAAGGAACACACUCGUAUCUCAGACGCUCAGAUCGCCACACUUGAACUGGAAUUGCACCACUUGAGGGAGCGAUUGGAAGAAGACCAACUGCGUCCGUUCACAUUGGAUUCAUGUAUACAAACGGAGCCCAGUGUGAUUGACGGCGGUCGGGAACACUUGGCUGUACGCGCUGCGGAAACAUCCGUGCCCCCAUUUGCUGCACAAUCUGUAAAACCCAAACACAAACAAUAUUCAUUUGGGAAGAAGCCCGCGUGUAUGAGGCUCCAAUUCAAAGGUGACUCGAUUGCUGAACUGGUUACCAGAAGGACUAGCAACUCCGUUGAUCUUCCAUACCAGCCCUACUAUCAGGCUCUGUUGGAAGGGAUAAAUCCUCACGUUCUACCACUAGCUUCUGCGUGUACUCAUUUGUGUGCUCCUUCCGAGAACCAUACGUUGGUCGUACGACAAGGCCGAGAACACAACCCUGUAUCUUUGAGUGGUAGUUGGAAGCAACCGAGCUCAAGUGUGUUUGCAUCACAUUGGGCCGAAACCACUCAUGUCAUCGAAAAUGGGCACACCUCUGAUAUCAUAUACCGGAUACCUCUGAACCGACCACCGCUGGCGAUUGCGAUCCGAUUGUCAGACCCAAAAGUUUGCAUCCAAAAGAAACUUGUGCGACCUCUGAAUUUGAGCCGGCCUGCGAAAAAUUCGAUCUCAUACUUGUCUGACAUUGAUGUCAGUUAUCUGAUUCUGUUACCCGGGGGCAAGAUAGCCCAAGUGAGUGACCGGAAGGUCCAUGGUUCGAACCCGACCUUUGCCUCUCGACUUCCCCUGUCUAGGCUUGGGCAACCUGGCAGUAUCCCACCCCUCGUGCCUACUUCGUGUGGCAUGGCAACUAGGCACCGGAAGGGUGCUACAGCUGAACGAUUUUUUAGGCAUUUCUGCAUAAAGCUGCCUCUUAUGUAUUCACGUGCUUCUACUGAACUUCCCUUACCCCCACAGCCUUUGGUGCUCCCCGAAGGUGUUGUUCGGCAAGCCAUUGAUUACCCGACAGAACCUCCUGAUUCAGCCUCCACCGAAUCGGACGGACGUGCUUCGGUGAUGCUGAAACGCUAUUCGAAAUUGUCUGCUGAUGCAGCAUGUAUCUGUCUUGCUUUGGCACAGCGAAUCGCUUCAAUGAACCAGCGUGGUGUUCCCGAUGGCGAACACAGUCCGGACACAAACGUGAGGUGGCCCAAGUGGUUAGAGCGUGAAUUUACUGACCGGAAGGUCCAUGGUUCGAACCCGACCUUUGCCUCUCGACUUCCCCUGUCUAGGCUUGGGCAACCUGGCAGUAUCCCACCCCUCGUGCCUACUUCGUGUGGCAUGGCAACUAGGCACCGGAAGGGUGCUACAGCUGAACGAUUUUUUAGGCAUUUCUGCAUAAAGCUGCCUCUUAUGUAUUCACGUGCUUCUACUGAACUUCCCUUACCCCCACAGCCUUUGGUGCUCCCCGAAGGUGUUGUUCGGCAAGCCAUUGAUUACCCGACAGAACCUCCUGAUUCAGCCUCCACCGAAUCGGACGGACGUGCUUCGGUGAUGCUGAAACGCUAUUCGAAAUUGUCUGCUGAUGCAGCAUGUAUCUGUCUUGCUUUGGCACAGCGAAUCGCUUCAAUGAACCAGCGUGGUGUUCCCGAUGGCGAACACAGUCCGGACACAAACGAUGAUUUCAACACACUGCUGAACGCCCUGCGAGGACCAGACCAAGAGGAUUCUGACGUCGAUACGGAUUCCUAUCGGUCUGGAUACAAGAUUUUGGCAUAUUUCAACACACUGCUGAACGCCCUAUCCAGCGAGGAGCAAGAGGAUUCUGACGUCGAUACGGAUUCCUAUCGGUCUGGAUACAAGAUUUUGGCAUGCUCGCUGGCUCGACUAAAUCAUGAAGUGGAGCGUCUAGCUAGUGUAGUGGACACACGCGAGUACGGUCGCUACGGACCGGCCUACGAGAAUGUGCCCACGGCCAAUGGUGAAUAUAGUCAAGAUCGUGAACACGAGGUUGUGGAACUCCGGACGCGACUGUCAGCUGCUCUACAACUACUAUCGGAGCGACUUCCGGCCGACACACAGAAAGCUCUGAUUGCCACGAGCCAAAUUGUCGAAAGCGAGCGUAUCCAAUUACAAGCCGAGCUCGAGCGCCGCAUGAUCAUGUUCGAACAAAGUCACACCUCCUCAGUGGCCGAAUUGGAGGCCAGUCGUCGUGCGCUUAUGGAACAAUUAGCCACAACCGAGGCCGAAAAUGUGCAACUCAAAGACCAGCUGUCGGUGACGCAGCAAAAGUUGCAAGCAAAUGAUCGUUUCAUUGCGGAACAAACGGAAGAACGAGAAAGCGAAAGGGAAGAGUUUCGUACGGAAUUGGCACGUCUGGAAACUCAGCUACGAAAAACCAAAGGGGAAUUACUUGCCGCUAAGUUGGUCAACGGUGUCUCGAUCAUGACGGAAGAUCCCAUGGACUCUGUUAAUCACAAUAAGUCUCUGUGGCUCGAAGAUUCCAUUGAGGCCUCGGAGUCGAAGCAUCAGGACGCCACUCACCGUCCUCAAUCAGCGCCCCGGCACACAAUGGUCUCCCGUCUGGAACAAGGAAAUAGUCUGCUUGGGAGUUUCAACUGUAUGUGCCGACGGGCGUCCGAUAUAACCCAUUCUCGUGGUUGGGCCCUCUCUCCUCGCAUGACCAAUAAUAAUGGAGUUUUUGAUUUUCACUCGCUCUCCCCGGACUUCUUAGUCUGCACGCCGAUGGCUGCCGGGGGCAAGCUCUGUCAUUGCACUCUGGGCGAUGUUAGAUCGCCGACAUGGCGUGAUGACAAUGGAACUGCCUUGGCACACCAGGAGUCAUCCGAUCACACUGCUGUGUCUCUGGUUGCUUCAUCGUCUUCGUUUUGUCAGACAGAACCGGAAGAAGAAUCUACUGAAAAUCAGGAGGUUGUCAAAACAGCUGUUGCGCUGCUUUAUUUGAACGAUGCAUCAAGCCAGACGGAUGUGGAGCUCGUCCCUUUAGAGGAGUUGUUACAGGCACAAACAAGAAUUCGUCAGCUAGAAGAGAACAAUGUCAGUUUAUCACCACUACUACCAAACCUUGACACACAUCGACGACCUUCAUGGGUAGCCGAAGCAGAUGAUGAUAGCGCCACGGGUAUCGAUUGUGUUUCGCGUGUUCUCAUGGACUCAUCAACGCAAACUUUGGAGGCUGAAAUCGACGAAAACAGUCCGGAAUUGGUGACGAAGACGAAACGAAUCGUAAGGACGCGAACUUGGGAUGCAGCAGCCGCUGCUGCUUUUCUAGGACAGCUGACGUUAACUGAAGAAGAACAGGAGGUUGUCUCCAGUAUCGUGAAACGAGAGCGUCGCGGAACACAGGGUAAUAGUAUUAGUCAUCAAGAACCAAUUCAGAUCGAGCUCAAGGAUCAGGCUGUGAACACCGAAACGUGGGACUUUAUCAACUGUCCGCAGCCAGGAUCGGAACCCAAACCGAAGCGUCGCCACUCUCUACCGAGUCUCCUCUCCACAAUGGAUGACACGGGUGUGGAGAUGUCUCAUGGCAUGACCUUGUUCGACAAUGUUGAUCUCGAUCCGCAGAGAAUGAGUGGCGUGGUGGAGAACGUCCAGUUGCUAGAUGUGGCCUCAUCCAAAUCUCGUUGUCUUCCGACGCGCCUAGACAACAUCCGGUCAGACAUACAGUCUGCGGUAGAGAAUAUGGACACAACACUCAUUCAUCAGGUUACCGAAGGGGAAAGCCCUCAUCCAGCUAGCGUGACUCUUUUGGAUCGGGCACAAUCGCCAAUGGAAGUUCUCGUGGACAUCCAGUCACCACCCGUAAUUGCACCGUCAUUGUCACUUACCGAUGCUUCAUGUGACACGCAAGGUUUGGAAAUGGAAAUUAUUCCAGCUGCCGACCUGAAAGCUCUGCUGGAGCAGAAGGAUGCAUCUGACUUGGUUCUGUCUGCUAUGCGAGAGGAGAUCACAAGCUUGCAGACACACCAUACUGAUUUGCAGACCGAUUACAACUUUUUGCAAGAGAUGUUAGAGGAACGGGAAUGUGAACUGGAGCGUUUCGCCCAGGAUUCUAUUGCCUUACAAACCCGACUGUCGGCUAUAGAGCGCGAACUAAAAGAACGCAAGGACGUGGUGCUUGAACGCGAUGAAGACAUGUUCAUCCUAACCGAAGCGAAUGAAUCUCUCACAGCAAGAGUUCGUGAGCUGGAAGAGUUGGUGACGUUAUCCAACCUAUCCACACGGUCAGUGCUGGAGACUGGAGUUCAGACAGAUGAGGACCCUACUGAGGAUCGAACGAAAUCACCGGGACCCCAGAUGAUCGAGAAGGAAAUCGAUGCAACCCGGUGGAACGCUGUGGAACUUCAUGUCCAAACUGAUCCGGAUCCAGAGAGCCUGAUUACUAGGGUGAAGGAACUCGAAACGUCUCUCGAGACCAGUCAGUCCCGUGUUGUGGAGUCCGUUGAAGUCGGUCUUCAAACAGACCCUGAUGCUGUUGUGGAAAACCUAACAGCCAGGGUGAAGGUGCUGGAAGCCAGGCCGUUGGAGGUCAUUCCCUCAGCGGAUGUAAUUGUCCAAACGGACACUGAGGCUCUUCUGAUUUCUGGAAAGGGAAACUGCGGUGUCAGUCAAUCGGAUAUCCAGUAUGCAACAGAACAGAGUGUGCAAACAGAUGCCGAUCAACUUGUGGAAUCCCUAAGUGCUCGGUUAAAAUGUUUGGAGGAAGAAUUGAAUGUCCGAACUCGUCCGUGUAUGGUAGACUGUCAUAUCCAGACAGAAAGCGCUGUUGAUACGGGAGCUCCCUCGGUUUCUCCAACGGCAGCGCUCCCUGCACCACCCAACGUAGUACAGGUUGAGGAAGAAAGUGACCAAUGGGAUACUAUUGUUGAGGAUACUUCAACACUCCAUGGCUUCAACGACUUUGGGGAGGCCGAACUAGCAGAGCUUCCGCAGACUGAACACGUCCCUCCGAGUGUUGUUCCUUCUGGAAUUAUUCUAGCGACUUCUACACCGGAUCAACUGUCUGAAGUCACUGAUGCUGUUCCGUGCCCGGUUCCCCAAAUACAAAAAGAGGAUAUACCAGUGGAGCUGAAGACCAUUGUCCAGCGACUGCGUGCGGAGAGUUUGCGUUUAUUUUCUCUUUCCACUGGGCUCCAACCUACGGAGGUCUUCCAGGGUCCGACUGAGAACGGAGAGCAAUCUCAAGAGACUAUGCAACAUCAGUUCUCCGUAUUUUCUGACCUGGUUCGAGCAAACACAUCGCUGAAAAACGCAUUGAGUCAAAUAUCACAGAUGGUCGAAGUCUAUGACAUACCAACCUCUGGAUCUUCACCUUACCAACUGACGCAACAAAAGACAUUCUCAUACGAGGAUAUCCAAAAACUUGUCCACUGCACAGCCAAUGCUUUGGCCGCCGAUGAAACCGUAUGGCUCAGUCUUCUCCAGUUGUCAUUCGAGCAAACUGCGGAACUUGUUUCAGCUGUAUCUAAACCCUCGGAGACAGAGUGCGGUGCGAAAGUAGUGCCUGCACAACGAUUAGUGUGGAAAGCAAUCACCCGUUUGGGUGACCAGCUCUCUUCUUUUAUUCGUCAAGAGGAUCAGUAUCGCGAAUGCUUGGUCCAAGCACACUUGGUGGAACAACGGUACCUCAGCGCGGAAUUACAUACUUCUAUAACUCGAGGGGACAGUCUUACCUCUGAAAUUGACCGUCUUACCGAACGACUCAAUACUCACAAGGAAGCUCUCAGCCGUGCGGACAGCCUCAACCUGCGGUUGGUCAACCAAGUAAACAGCCUGAAAGCCGACUUGGCCAAUGCAAACUCCGACCUGCAAGCGGAAGUUAUGCAGUCCGAACAGAAACAAGCCGAAUUGGACCGACUAAACACACGGCUCAUAGAGGAACAACAAAAGAGCAGCGCAUUCCGAACACAAAUCGAGAAUCUGAAAUCCGACACCGAUAGACUCGAACAGGAAUUGCGCGAUGCAAAACAGUCACUAGUGGAGGCUAACCAUGCCGUGACGGUUGCUGAGAAACGGGCUGAGAGUGUGGAACAGGCCGCAGACCAGUCAAGGAUUCAGUCCAAAUCUGCGAACAGUGCUUCCUUCUCCCCUGAGCACUCGUCUGUUCUGGACGCCACACCUGGACAAUCAGCCAUUUCUUCUCAGGAAGCCUCUUCGGUUUCUCCCAAGGAUUUAUUCAAUGCCAUCAGUCGGACAGCUACUAACCUGGCCGUGGCACGCCACACCGCCAACAAGGCAGAGCGCCGGGCUCGGGAACUGGAGGUAACAAACAAAGAACUACGUCUGUGCUUGGCAGAAACAGAACUUCGCCUGAUGCCUUUGUUGGUAGCUUUUACUCAGAGUCCAUUGCCUUCUUGUCCGGUGAGCGAUGCUAACAAUGUUAGAAGAAGCACACGCCCGCUCACAGGUGUACGUGAGAUUUAUUCACAACUGCCACCCAGUUCCCGGUUUGCCGAGCUGAAGGAUGUAUGCACUCGUCUUCUUUCAAUCGCCUCAACCGAAGACCAGGAGGAGGAUGAGCGCUAUGGGAAUGGUUGCAACCAAUCUUCGGACCACUCCUCAGACGAUGAAGAUGAAGUGACUCCAGACAACCCACCCAUCGCUUCUAAGGCCGUCUCUUUCGACCCCAAGGUCUCCAUAUGCUAUUCCUUGAGCGGAUCGGAGGCUUAUCUUUCCCCGCAAACUCCAGUUAGUCGGAUACGUGUUGGUGCAGAACGCGAUGAAAAUCAGCUAGUCGGUCUACCGAAGGAUCCUCUACUUCGCAUCAAACACGUCACGGGGAGUUUCCUAACAGAGGGGACAGCGCAGCCAACUUCGCUCAACGUACCACUGGCAAACGAGACUCCCAAUCGAUUUUCUUCUGUAACAACUCCAGAACAAACAGUUUCGUUAGAGCGGUUCCGAAACAUCCACGCACGCUAUCUCCGUUCGGAGAGCUACAGGCGAGCGUUAACUUUCCAAAAGCGUUAUUUACUGCUACUGCUUGGUGGAUUUCAAUACCCCGAAGAAGCUGUGGUGGCUAGCCUCGGUCGUCCGGACUUCAGCGUCUACUCAGAUCAGGCGUCUCUUGCCGCUACGGAUUCCGGCGAUGGGUUUUCACCCCCAACCGUGUCUGCACCUCUCCGCCGAUUUCGUGCAGCAGCGCGCACGGCUCAGGUCAUUUACCGUAUGCGCCAUAUGAUGAAUCGAUGGCGACGUUCAGGCUUGCACUCAUCCGCUACCAUUCGACCGAGCACCGGUGAUUCGUCGUCCACAGUCCAAAAGCUCACCUCGGCCCUAUCAACCACUGCCGUUCUAGCAGUGAACGGAACUAGCAGGCUAGAAAAUUCGUCCAGUGGCACUGCGCAAUACUUCACCGGUCCUGUGCACUCUUCCUCUGUCACCCGAUUUCCUCCACGUUAUCUGAAUUCUGCCAACACAGUGAUCCCAACAACCACAUUGUGCCUCAACAUGCCUACACUGACUACCGGCUCAACGCGGACCAUCCCGAGUAUACUCCCCAGUUCGCAUUAUUCGGAUGUGGGCUUUCGAUCGAGCACCACUCUAACACGCCCCUCCCCGACGCGUCCCUCCCAGGCGCAGCCGUUGUCGCACUCCAUGACGACCGUACAGACGAGGGGGAGCUACUCAACCACAACGCUUCACCCCCAACCUAAUUUUACCAAAUCUGGCCCGUCUCUUUUGACCACUAGCCGUCCGCGACCAUCCACAGAGCACCGUGGUACAGGUAGACCAACCUCCACUCGGUCUUCAACCGGCAGCUCAGUUGGCCCUUCCGUUGAUAGUCGUUUUCGGAGUCAACGAUUCUCCUUCAGAUAGAUUCUUACCACACGGGGGCGUUAGUCCCUCCGCCAUCCGUUCCUUCUUACGUAGGCAUCUGCCAUAGGAAUUUACACGUUGGUGAUCCGCUUCCACGUAGCUAGGUUACUGUCAUCUACCUUCCAACAGUCUCCGAUACUUCCUCAAACAGCUGCAUUUACCCGCAAAUGAUCAGAUCGUUUUUCGUCUGUGGGCUGUUUCCUCUCUGUGCACUACCGUUGCUGUUGUUGUUUGUCCUUUUGCUCUACUCCCACCAGAUUUCAAUUUCUCCUAUCUUUGCACCUGCCCGCACAUUUGUGUAUUUUAUUUCUUUUACAAUGUACAGACACAUGGACUCGUUUUUUCUCCCCUGGCGGGUUUUUCCUAGUCGUUGCGCUUCUUCAUUUUCCAACCAGCAACCGAAACAACUGGUCUUCAAUCUAUUUUCUGCCUUGUACACGUGAUUAUAAUGCACGGGCAAGUGACC